AUGUGUGAUAUUGGUUUGAUAGGGUUGGCUGUUAUGGGCCAGAAUUUAAGUUUGAAUAUUUCGAGCAAAGGUUUUAAAAUUGGUGUUUAUAAUAGGACAUAUGAAAGAACGGAGGAAACUCUGAAAAGAGCAAAAGAAGAGAAUUUAGUUGUUUAUGGUUACAAAACACUAGAGGAGUUGAUAAAUAAUUUGAAAAAGCCAAGGAAAGUUAUUUUAUUAAUAAAAGCAGGUCCAGCUGUAGAUGAAAAUAUUAGUAACAUAUUAAAAUAUUUUGAAAAAGGUGAUAUAAUAAUUGAUGGUGGGAAUGAAUGGUAUAUUAAUUCAGAAAGAAGAAUAAAAUUAUGUAAAGAAAAGGAUGUCGAAUAUUUGGCAAUGGGUGUAAGUGGAGGUGAAGCAGGUGCAAGAUAUGGUUGUUCAUUUAUGCCUGGUGGAUCUAAAUAUGCAUAUGAUUGUGUAAAAGAUAUAUUAGAAAAAUGUUCAGCUCAAGUUGGAGAUUCUCCUUGUGUUACUUAUAUAGGUCCAGGUUCUUCAGGUAAUUAUGUCAAAAUGGUACAUAAUGGAAUAGAAUAUGGAGAUAUGCAAUUAAUAUCAGAAAGUUAUGUUAUUAUGAAAGAUAUAUUAAAAUAUGAUAAUAAAAAAUUAUCAGAAGUUUUUAAUAAAUGGAAUGAAGGUAUAUUAAAUUCAUAUUUAAUUGAAAUUACUGCAAAUAUUCUUGCAAAAAAAGAUGAUUUAACAAAUAAUUAUUUAGUUGAUAUGAUAUUAGAUAUUGCUGGCGCAAAAGGAACAGGGAAAUGGACUAUGCUUGAAGCCACUGAAAGAGGUAUCCCAUGUCCAACUAUGUGUGCUGCUUUAGAUGCACGUAAUAUAAGUGUAUUUAAAGAAUUAAGAACUAAAGCAGAAUCAAAUUUUAAUAAAGAUAAUAUUGUUAUAGAUCAAAAUGAAGAUUUAAAUGAUUUUGAAAAUGAUCUAUUAAAUGCUCUAUAUUGUUGUAAAAUUAUUUCAUAUACUCAAGGACUUUUCCUUUUAAAACAAGUUUCUGAAGAAAUGGAUUGGAAAUUAAAUCUAGGUGAAAUUGCUAGAAUAUGGAGAGGUGGUUGUAUUAUUAGAGCUGUCUUCUUAGAUCGUAUAGCAAAUGCAUAUAAAAAUAAUCAAAAAUUAGAAUUAUUAUUCCUAGAUAAGGAAUUCUCAGAUGAUAUUAAAAAUAAAUUACCAUCCUUAAGAAAAAUUGUUCUUAUGGCUACAAAAUAUUCUAUACCAAUUCCAGCCUUCUCAGCUAGUUUGGCAUAUUUUCAAAUGGUAACAUCAAAAAAUUUACCUCUUAAUUUAGUACAAGCACAAAGGGAUUAUUUUGGAUCACAUACAUAUAGGAGAACAGAUCGUGAAGGUAAUUAUCACACCUUGUGGUGA